UCCAUUUCAUCUUCACACACAAACAAUGGCUUCACUUCUCUCUCUUUUCUUGAUCAUUUCUUUUCUCCUUUUCAUUUCUUCUGCCUCACAUUUGAGAAAAACUGGCCACCAGUUGAUCAAUGACCUCAACUUGCAUCCAAAUCUUGAAGUCAAUCUUUUUAAACCAAGCACAAAUUCUUCCCACAAUGCAUUUAAAGUUUCCGAGUCGAGUCUUGUUGAGAAACGGUUGCAAUUCAAUGUUCUCGGUGUAUCGGGUGCUAAUGUUGCUGACUUGGCUCACCAUGCCGGAUAUUUUCGUCUCCAACAUACCAUAGAUGCAAGGAUGUUUUACUUCUUUUUUGAAUCAAGAAAAGCCAAAGCUGACCCUGUGGUCAUAUGGCUAACAGGAGGACCAGGGUGCAGCAGUGAAUUGGCCCUGUUUUAUGAAAAUGGUCCUUUUAAACUUACUAACAACUUGUCUCUUGCCUGGAAUGAUUAUGGUUGGGAUAAGGUUUCUAACAUCUUAUAUGUUGACCAACCUACUGGAACCGGUUUUAGUUACAGUUCUAGUGAUCAAGAUCUUCGCCACGAUGAAUCUGGUGUUAGCAAUGACCUCUAUAACUUCUUACAGGCAUUCUUCAAAGCACAUCCAGAUUACGCCAAUAACGAUUUCUAUAUCACCGGAGAAUCAUAUGCAGGACAUUAUAUUCCAGCUUUUGCUGCUCGGGUUAACAAGGGAAAUAAGAACAAAGAAGGGAUUCAUAUAAAUUUGAAGGGAUUUGCAAUUGGAAAUGGGCUAACUAAUCCUGGAAUUCAGUAUCAAGCAUACACAGAUUAUGCUUUGUCCAACAAUGUAAUUUCAAAAUCAGAUUAUAACCAAAUAAACCGAAAACUUCCAGCUUGUCAACAGGCAAUCAGACAAUGUGGCACGGCAGGAACCCUCACAUGUCAAUCUGCCUAUAACUUUUGCCAGCAGAUUUUCGAGGAUAUAGUUUCUGUAACAGACAACAUAAAUUACUACGAUAUAAGGUUGAAAUGUGAUGGGAGCUUGUGUUAUGACUUCUCAAACGUGGAAAAAUUCCUAGGCCAAUCGUCGGUUAAAGCAGCAUUAGGUGUACCAAGUGAUAUACAAUAUGUUUCAUGUAGUGAUAUGGUAUACCAUGGAAUGCUCAAUGACUGGAUGAGAAAUCUUGAACUCGUGAUCCCACCACUUAUGGAACAGAAUAUUGAAAUGCUUAUAUAUGCCGGAGAAUAUGAUCUUAUUUGCAAUUGGCUUGGGAACUGGAGAUGGGUUCAUGCCAUGCCAUGGUCUGGUCAGAAAGAUUUUGUUGCAGCAUCAAAUGGUUCAUUUAUAGUUGAUGGAAAAGAAGCUGGGACCUUGAAGAACCAUGGGCCUCUCACUUUUAUUAAGGUUCAUAAUGCUGGACACAUGGUUCCUAUGGAUCAACCAAGGGCUUCACUAAAGAUGUUGGAGUUGUGGACCACAGGGAAACUUUCUCUACCUAAGAAGGACACGGUUACGAAAUGAAGAAUAUAUAGACCAUAUUAACUUUAUUAUAUUUAUAAGAAUUCAUGUGAUUAUUGAGCGUAUAUGAUAUAGGUGUGCAGAUUCACUUAAAGAAAAAAAAAAGAAAGAAAGAAAAAGGUCAAAGCGUCACAUGUAACUACAACAUUGAUAUUCGAAGAUUUUAUGUGAUAAAAGCAAGAAGAAACCAUUCAAAUGGAUGGGGCUAUUACUUGUUAA